UUCCCCUGUAAACGUGGUGAGAGGAAGCGGAAAUCCCACGUGUUUUUGCUUAUCGAAAGAGGUGUAAAGUCCCUCGUGUCAAAUAACCAGAAGAAGGAGAGAGGAGGAGGAGAAGAAGAAAAAGAAAAAAAAAGGGGCCACAAGUGAGCGAUCAGAGGUGGAGCCGACGAUGCCUUUAGCGAAGGAUUUGCUGCACCCAACCCUUGAAGAGGAGAGGAGGCAGCAUAAGAAGAAGCGGUUGGUGCAGAGCCCUAAUUCCUACUUUAUGGAUGUCAAAUGUCCAGGCUGCUACAAAAUCACAACCGUUUUCAGCCACGCUCAGACUGUGGUGCCAUGCGUAGGCUGCGCGACUGUACUCUGUCAGCCCACAGGGGGUAAAGCCAGGCUUACAGAAGGUUGCUCAUUUCGGAGAAAACAACACUAAACGUCAUCAGGAGGGUUGUUUGGGCUACAUUCCUACAUUAGUUGAAAAUGUGUAGCACCACUGGGAUGUAAAUGUUAUUUCAUUGAUUCCAAUAAAUGUUUAAACAGAAAUCUACACUGAAGACAGAGGGCAUCCAGCUCACAGAGCAAGGAUAUCACUUCAAUCCCAUUGCCCCUUCCAGCCUCUAACUUUCAAAUAACUGUUGACUUUCCUCUUGAAAGCUACUAUGGAGUCCAGCUCCACCAUCCUACCCGGUAGGGCGUUCCACAUUCCGAUGGAAAUUACUACUAUUUAUGCUAAUAAAAUCCCUCAUGAUUUUACACACCUCAACCAGGAUCCCCAACCUUCUCUGCUCCGAUGAAAACAAGCCCAGCUUCUCCAAUCUCCUCUCAUAACUAUAGCCCUGCAUCCCUAGCAACAAUCUUGUAAUCCUCCUCUCCACCCCUUCAAGGCCCUAACAUAUUUCCUGAAGUGGAGGUGCCCAGAAGUAAAGUGAGGUGUGCAAUACUCCAGUGGCAGACAAACCAAUGAUUUAUACAAGCAAAUAAGUACAUUCAGCUUUGUUGGAUAAGUGUAUUUCCAGUGUUUCAAUGCUGUGCAGAUACAACAUCUAACCAUCAAUAAAAAUCAGAAUAGCAUCCAAA